UGUUCUGAAACGUGCGCGAUGUAAAUAAUAGCGGUUGUAUUAUAAAUAAAUAUAUAUAAGACUAUUAUUCACACUCCUAUUAUUAUAAAACUAACAACUAUGAAUUCGGCAAACAUGUUAAACGAUGUAAAAAAAGCUUUAUUGUCAGAAAACAAAAUCCAGGUCAACAAUUUAUUCACCGGAGAAAAAAAUCUAGAAUUCAAAUAUGAAAAUGAGGAUAUAAAACUAAAUUAUUCUCUCACAAAAUACCAAAUUACAACUCUCUUGAGAAUGUCAUUAUUUCAUCUGAUGCAAACUAUCGAAAAACAAGCAUUAACCGAAGAAAAAAAUUACAACUUCAGAAUAAUCAUAAUAUCGCUCCUGCAAAUCGCAAAAGAUUUAGAGUCUGAAAAUGAAGAAUUUCUGAAAAAAUGUGCAAAUUCCAUUUUCAAGAAUCCUCUAUUACUGAAAUAUUUUUUACCCGUUUACAAGAAGAAGGAUUUGAUGGAGAAAAUGUGUACGGAUACUUUUUUCGAAGUGUGUCUUACUCUUCAAAAUUUGAAUAAAAAGUGUUUAUUUAUCGAGGCUCUCAAUCCAUAUAAAGAGAAAUUGAUAACUCGGUUAAAAUCCACGAUUGAAAAAUGCAAAACUAAAGAUAAAAUGAAACACUGCGUGAAGGUCGAAUUUUUUCAAGUUCUUCAGUUGAAUCUCGCGGAGAUGAUUGAUUUGAUCAAGGUGAUAAUGGAAUUACCAGUUGAUAGAUUUUUGACAGCUGAAAAAAAUUGUUUAUCCAUCUGGGGAGUGACUUUACCAAGAUUAAUAGAAGCUUGCCUACAAGGAAAUUCAAUUUCAGAUAGAAAUAUAUUUCCACUGGAUGUAGAACUUUUCAAGAAAUUAUUUUCAUAUCUAGUUGAUCUCAAAGCUUUUAAAGUUGAUGUUGGUCUAUGGGAAACGAGUCUGUGCAAAUAUUUGCGGCGAUUUCCUCACAAUAUUGGCAAUAUUGAUAAAAGAAUAUUUGUUUUACUGCUACGGAAUCGAAUUACGUCCGCAACUAUCGAACUUAUUUCGCUUUUGAUAAACAGAAAUCCUAUUGUGAUCCCACAAUUGAUAAAAUUUACGAAAAAAGACGAAAAAAUUUUGAAGAAAAGUGGCAUGAUUUUCCGAUUUCUUGGAAGCAACUUGACUGCGAAAUGGGACAAAGAUUUCUUGUCCAAAUUGAAUGAACUACAUAAAAAAGAGAUCAUGGAUUAUCUCACUGAGCCUGCUGGUAAACAUUCUUGGAUUCAAGAGAACGUGAAAGCUGUAAUAUUUUUGAUUGAAUCAAAUUUUGAUGCAGAUACUUGUCAAGAGAUUUGUAACAACGUGUUGGUGAACGGAGACAAGCUUACAAAAGUUGACAUAGAAUAUGUUCAACUACUCGAGACUUUGUUUAAAAAAAUAAAGUCCCUUCGAGAUUUUGUACAAGUGCUCGUACAUUUAUUAGCAUCCACACUAAAAUUGUGUAAAAACAAGACCUCCUUGUCGAAGAAUAAAAAGAAACUUGAAUUUCUUUGCGAGACAUUAAUAAAAAAGAUAGAUAGUUUAAAAAUUGAGGAGAAAAACGUGAUAUUUGAAGAAUUGAGUAAAAAUCACUCGUGGCCUCAGUUUGUACGAUUUUCCUUGACGCAGAGUUUAAAAAUCACUGAGGAAGAAAACUGUUUGGACAAUGCUUUGUUAUUAAAAGCAUUAAUUGCAGCUUGUAGUGUUGCUUAUAUUGAAAAUGGGAGCGAUGAGUAUGUAAAAACUGUUUUUGGACUGGCCACGACUCAUUCUGAGUAUGCUGAUAUUAUGCUCGGCACGACAAACAUUAAAAGAUAUUUGGUAGAAUUGAUUUUGGUAUUGGUCCGAAAAAAUAGGUCUACAAUGUUACCGAAUCAUAUUCCAUUUUAUUUGUCAGCCUAUAAUGCAACACUCAGUGAAAGUGAUCAAAUUCUACUAUUGAUUAUCAGGGAAUACGAAAAUUGUAGCAUAAAUUUGAACAAGUAUCGGCCAUUUUUAUGGGGCAGUACUGCAGCAUCUCAUUAUAGUGUCAAAGAAGAUCCGAACACUGCAUUAUUUAGGCAGCCUAAGACAUCUCAAAUACUGGAUCUUUUUGUGCCUGAGAUGGUGAAUAAUACGAUCACCAACUUUCCUGUUCAAAGGUCUCUCAAGGAUAAUUCUUUAUGCGCGGCAGAAAAUGUUUACGAUCCUGUAUUUUAUUUGCCAGUUUUGUGCGAAGUGUUAUCAGAAAAUAAUCCAGUUGCCUAUCACAAAGUUACUCGCAGCGGCGCUUUAGCUUUAAUGUUAAUUGCUUGCUGCAGUAAUUGUGAUCAGACUCGAUUAGCAGCAUUCACGGAUAUUUCCAGAUUUUAUUUCCACCUGGAACAUCUGGAUGUUAGAAGAUCGAAUGAAAGGCUCUUAUGGAUUCGGUUUAUUGAUGCAUUACGGAACGGAAUAGUGGAAUUGGGAGGUUCGAUGAAGGAUGUUAGAUUGAAUGGAUUUAUGGCAACUUUUUUGGCGAGAGCUUCUAUCGUUGGAACUCAACCACUGCAUCCACUUUACUGGCCUCUGCAUAAAUUUUUCAUGGCAAAAUCCGCAUUGAAACUCAACACAAUACCAGAAUUCAAAAGACUCUUUCACAGUACUGAAGUUGAUUACGAGGCUCAUCGAAAUUGGAUUUUGGAAGUUAUUCGUGACGGAUUUAAGUCGGAAAGCGAUAUACAAAUCGCUAUCAACUGUUCGGUUUUUAAUGUACUGCUGAGUUUUUAUGUCUGCUCUUUGUCAGAUAAACCAACAAGGAAAUUGAUCCUCGAAAUCAUCAACUCAAUUGCAAAUAUUCCAAAAUCUGGUGUACUUUUAGUAAGUCAUUACGGAAUAAUGCCUUGGCUCGAUGCAAUCGCUGAUCGUCUGGAAACUUCUGACUCGGAUUUCGUACCUUUGUUGAUAGAUAUGACAAAAAAUUUCUUGGAUAGCUUUUUGACGAAAAAAGUAACAGAUAAGUUUCGAUUAUUCGUCCUGAUGCAUGUAUUGCUCACUUUAAAAUCGGCGAUGACUAGUAAGACUCUGACAGUCUCUUGUUUCACGACUUAUGUCGAUACUUUGGAAAGAAUUUUGGGUUUUAAAGAUUUACAGUUGUCGGAAAAGCACAUGAAAGAUUUGUUGGAAUUGUCGAGAGAAUUGCUGGGAUCUGUGAGUGAGUGCGAGGAUUUAUUAGAGUAUGGAUCAGAAUUUGCUAUGAUUGAGAGCGACGAUCAAGAUGAAAAAGAAAAAAAAUCUGUUGCUCGCAAGAGUUUUAGAAAAUUAAUCCUAAAGUGGCAUUGUUAUAAAAAAUUUAGCCCUAAAAACGAGGAAGUGAUUGUCUAUCCCGAUGGAAGUGUAUGGAAAAUUUCUUCAUUUGAAAAAUGAUAAUUUGUAAGUAUUUUUAAGUUAUUGAUAAGUAUUAAAAAUAUUUUGUUAACAAA